AGCGCAGGGAGCGCAGGGCCGGCCAGCCCCGCCCGGCGCGCGCUCAGGAUUUGUCUAGCGCCCCGCUCCGUCACGGGGGUGUGUUGGGGGGAGUCCUCUUUCCGGCUGUCGAAAUGGUUAUCAAAGUGUUUGUUGCCACAUCUUCUGGGUCCAUAGCGAUUAGGAAAAAACAGCAAGAAGUAGUGGGCUUUCUGGAAGCUAAUAAAAUCGACUUUAAGGAAUUUGAUAUAGCCGGAGAUGAAGACAACAGGAAGUGGAUGAGAGAGAACGUCCCUGGAGAGAAAAAACCUCAAAACGGGAUCCCUUUGCCUCCCCAGAUCUUCAACGAAGAGCAGUAUUGUGGGGAUUUUGAUUCUUUCUUCUCUGCAAAAGAAGAGAAUAUUAUUUAUUCAUUCCUUGGUUUGGCUCCCCCUCCAGGCUCAAAGGCGACACAGCCGCCCGAGGAAGAACCGUCCCUGCCCAACGGCGAGGUCGUGGGCGAGGCGCAGGGCCCCGCAGAGGGCACAGAGAAGGCCGGAGAAAGUGGAGAAAAUGAGGCACCGAAAGAGGACAAGGAAGAUGAGGGCGACCUCACCGAAGCCCGAGAGGAGAAGGUGAGAGUUCGCCUUUUGCGCCGCAGUCUCACUGGCCGCAGCUCUGUUCACGAGCACGUGUGA